CGUGGGGACGAGGCGGGGACAAGACGCAGCCGCUCCCCCCGCACCGGCGCGUCCGGCCCGAGCGCGCGUCCUCCGGGGCUGCGGGCGGGGCGCCAGGAUCGAUCUCCUGAAAUUUAACUUUUCAAGAUGAAGUUUGUAUUGGCGGUGGCCUUUUUUAUUUUAAUUUCCUUGUGUGUUGAAGAAGCCUGUUCUAAAGAGAAGUCUUCAAAGAAAGGGAAGGGGAAAAAGAAGCAGUACCUAUGCCCAUCGCAGCAAUCAGCCGAGGACCUUGCCCGAGUACCGGCCAACUCCACCAGCAAUAUCCUGAAUAGGCUAUUGGUCAGUUACGAUCCCAGGAUAAGACCAAAUUUCAAAGGCAUUCCUGUUGAUGUAGUUGUCAACAUUUUUAUCAACAGUUUUGGAUCUAUUCAAGAGACAACAAUGGAUUAUAGAGUCAACAUCUUCCUGAGACAGAAGUGGAACGACCCCAGACUGAAGCUGCCUAGUGAUUUCCGGGGCUCGGAUGCCCUGACGGUGGACCCCACGAUGUACAAGUGUCUGUGGAAACCUGAUUUAUUUUUUGCAAAUGAGAAAAGUGCCAAUUUUCAUGAUGUCACCCAGGAAAAUAUCCUCCUCUUUAUUUUUCGGGAUGGAGAUGUCCUCGUCAGCAUGAGGCUAUCUAUUACUCUUUCGUGCCCUUUGGACUUGACCUUGUUUCCCAUGGAUACACAGCGUUGCAAGAUGCAACUUGAGAGCUUUGGUUACACAACUGAUGACUUACGAUUUAUCUGGCAGUCAGGGGAUCCUGUUCAAUUAGAAAAAAUUGCCUUGCCUCAAUUUGAUAUUAAAAAGGAAGAUAUUGAAUAUGGUAACUGUACAAAAUACUAUAAAGGCACUGGGUACUACACGUGCGUGGAGGUCAUCUUCACCCUGAGGAGGCAGGUGGGCUUCUACAUGAUGGGCGUCUACGCCCCAACCCUGCUUAUUGUGGUUCUGUCCUGGCUUUCCUUCUGGAUCAACCCCGAUGCCAGUGCUGCCAGAGUGCCCCUGGGAAUCUUCUCCGUGCUCAGCUUGGCCUCUGAGUGCACAACCCUGGCUGCGGAACUUCCCAAGGUGUCCUACGUGAAGGCUUUGGACGUGUGGCUCAUCGCGUGUCUCCUCUUCGGCUUUGCGUCCCUGGUGGAGUACGCGGUCGUCCAGGUGAUGCUUAAUAACCCCAAGAGAGUUGAAGCAGAAAAAGCCAGAAUUGCCAAGGCUGAGCAAGCCGACGGGAAGGGGGGGAGUGCGGCUAAGAAGAACACCGUGAAUGGCACGGGCACACCUGUUCACAUCAGCACCUUGCAGGUUGGAGAGACCAGAUGCAAAAAGGUUUGUACGUCCAAGUCUGAUCUGAGAUCUAACGACUUCAGCAUCGUGGGAAGCUUACCGAGAGAUUUUGAAUUGUCCAAUUAUGACUGCUAUGGAAAACCCAUUGAGGUCAACAACGGACUUGGGAAAUCCCAGGUCAAGAGCAACAAGAAGCCGCCUCCUGCCAAACCCGUUAUUCCGACGGCAGCGAAGAGGAUCGAUCUUUACGCGAGAGCGUUGUUUCCUUUCUGCUUCUUAUUCUUCAACGUUAUCUACUGGUCUAUAUAUUUAUGAUAAACCUUUUCCAUUCAUAUAAAGUGAAGUCCCAUUGCAUUGUGAACAACCUCGUUCAUUAAUGCCAAUCUGUGAACAUUCUUUGCAUUUUCAUAGCAAUAUAUUGCAUUUUGGAUGCCAUUGGAGUGUAAUACAAAUAUGGCGCCUUCAUCAUGGGGAAUGGCAGCAUGAUCUUGUUACGUCUGUGCUCUAAUCAUGAUGUAUUUAUGUAAAGCAAACAUAAUUGCUUUAGGACUAAAUGAAGGAUAAACAUACUACAUAAAAUAGAAUCCGAACAUUUCUCUCCAGUUAGUGUAAAUUGCAAAUAUGCCGAUAAUUCUAAUAAUAAAAUGGGGUGCACUCUGAACCCUGUUAUGUCAUCAUCGCAAUGUAUGUAGUGUUUCAGAUCCCUUUCCUUGUAACUUUCAGAGAAAGCCAUCUUAUUCUUGUACAAUUUUAGAUGGUGUUAUCAUAGAUAAAGCAAAAGUAUAUUACAUAUGGUAUAACUUUAUAAGUAGAAGUAUAUCAACUCUAAUUACAUGAGCUCUGUGGAGAAAUAAAGUUCAAACAAAUUCCUAAUUUGUAAAAGCAGCUCAUUUUAAAGUGUGCCUGUGUUGUCAAAUGCCAGAUAAUAAAACCCAGUAAGCAUUUUUGAAACAAAGGGAAAUCUAGAUUUACCUAAAUUCGUGCUGAAUUCUGGUUUCUCAUAAAAUAAAAAUAAAAGUAGAUAUAUUGAUUAAAUAUUUCUGAUAAAAGAAAUUCUAUUUGUCCACUUUAAAACCUAGAUAUAUUUUCAUGGAUUUUAUUUUGUUGAUACAGAGUAUACAAAAUCAUUGUGCCUUAAAAAGAGUCAUAAAUAUUUUAAAUUGGAAUAUAGUAAUGAAUAUGUGAUUUCAUACCAUUUGUAAGAAACCAAGAGGAAAAUACCUUAUUACUAGAAGUAACUUGAGUUGGGAAGAAAAAUCCAUAAUCAUUAGAGGAUUUUAACUUCUUUAUUUUAUUAAAAUGCUCACAUAUUUUAAAGUAAAAUUAAAUUUUUUUCCUGAAUUUUUUUUUUCUUAUUUGAAUAGUGUUUGAUUUUGUUACCAGACAUUUAAAGGUUAAAUAAAUGAUUACUUAGUUAGGUCUCACCUCCAUUUGUAUUUUCUUUCUUGCUAAAAGUCCAGGCUACUUGGAUUUACUUGCGUUGGUCUCAUUCCAACUUGCAAAUAGGUACUUUCUGGUCUAUAAGACUUGUAUUUCCUAGUAAUAUCAGAGCCAAUGUACCUUUUUAUUUCUCCAUAGCUGAUACUAGGACUAUCAGUCAUCCAUGUAACAUAAACAUAAGACCAAAUAAGUAUAUUGACAUUAUUUGGAGAGUUUGCAGCAGCUGAGGGUUUGGAUCGUCAAUUCAAUAAUAAAAUGUGUUUACAUAUUGUUUAUGCCAAUUGCCAUCUAUAAUUCAAUGUUAUUUUACUGAAGACUUUAAUUUGUAAAAGAGUCACUGAUUACUAAAUCUUUAAAAGACGAGAUAUAUCUAGUCCUCUGUGGUACUUCAGCACCCUCUAGUUGCAAAAGUAUAGUUAACUGAAUCAUUUUAAAAAUGCCACAAGUCACCCUAUUGAUGGACUUCAACAUCCUGCUAGGACCCGGACAAUAACAUCUUAAACUCUGAGAGGAAAAAAUGUCUUGAAUAAUACUUAGACCAUUUAAAUUUGUAUUUAUAAUAAUUAUAUUUGCUUAUGAUCUCUGUUCUUCAUUCUUGCAAAUUUCAUUCAUUUUAGGGAGUUUGAUUUAGAUAUAGAGUUUUAAGUGGGAAAUGUACGAAAUGGAAGACAGUUCUCAUUCUGUAAGAAUUUAUUUCUUGAAAAUAAUGUGAAUGAAUUCCUUUCUGUAAUAUAAUAUUGUAGCCUCUUCAGAUCCAUUUUAAUACCCAAAUGUAUAUAAAUAGCUAUCCCAGGAUUAAGUGUGUAUAUGUAACUACAAAUGGAACAUUACACAAUGAUCAUAAGGAAGUACAAUUGGUGUCCACUAACACUUGCUUUCUAUUGUUAUCUCGAGAAUUUAGUCACUUAACCCCAGGGUAGUUCUGAUCUGCGUACUUUAAAUAUUAUGUCUUUCUAGGAAACUUGCAGUAUAUUUACCUGGAUGUCAGUAUCGCAAAUUCCAUGUUUCCAAAAUAAAAAAGAUCUUCUCCUUACAAAUCAGCCGCUUCUCUUAUUUUCUGUUUCCAGUAAAGCCAUCACUAUUCCAGUCCCCCGUGGGCCAUCUGCCUUCCUUUGUCACACGGUAUACCCUGUCAAGUUCCAAGUCCUAAAAUUUCCCCCCUUACACCAACCACUGCUUCUCCAUUUCUGCGGACACCACCCUAAUUCAGUUUCCCUUUCCCGUGCAUCAGACGAUUACAGCAGUCUACAAACUUACUUUGUGAUGUUUAUUUUGUAAUUGCAUAAGUAAUACAUGAAUAUCUUGACGUAUUAGAAAAACAGGUGUGUCUAAAAUAAGUGAGCCCUUAAUGUUGUCAUAACCUUCUAUCUUCAAACCUUUCUCUUUUCCCAGAGGUCACCACAGUGACCUCUAGGCAUCUACAACCUCUAUCUACUUUUAAAUAUAAAAGAUAACGUAAUGGGAUUUAACGUAAAUGAGAUUUUACCAUAUGUACGGUUUUGCAAUUUAUUUAUUU